AUCUCAUUCAAUAGGCUCUCUCUCUCACUCACUCUCUUUCCCACACGGCCACAAACUCACAGAACACUGUUGGAACACCAUGCCAGCUCCAGGAGCAACAGCACUACACUCCUCCCUCUGCUUCUCUCCUCAGAAGCCAUCAUUCCCACCACCAAAUUGCCAACAACUAAACACCAACUUGGCUGCAAAACCCAAAAGCCUUCUUCAAAAUCACCCACUCUAUACACCAACUCAUGCAAACCUCUCCUUCCAAAUCAAAGAAAAAAUCCUCUGCCUUGAAAUUAUGGGUGUUGACUCAGGUAAGGCCUUGUCCCAAAACCCUUCUCUUCACUCAGCUACUCUAGAAUCCAUCCACUCCAUCAUCUCCUUCCUCCAAUCCAAUGGGAUUCAACAAAAGGACUUCCCAAGGAUCUUUGGCAUGUGUCCCAGAAUUCUCACCUCUAAUGUCAAAACUGACCUUAUCCCAGUUUUCAAUUUUCUCUCACAAUAUCUUAGAGUCCCAGAAAAUAGAUUUAGAGUGGUCAUCAACAAGUGCCCACGAUUGCUUGCUUCUAGUGUGAGAGACCAGCUCAAACCAGCUUUGUAUUACCUUCAGAGAAUUGGGUUCAAAGACUUGGAGGCCUUGGCUUACAAUGACUCAGUCUUGUUGGUUUCUAGUGUAGAGAACACCCUUAUUCCCAAGUUGAAGUAUUUGGAGACUUUGGGGCUCUCGAAAGAUGAGGCUGUGGAUAUGGUUUUGAGGUGCCCAGCAUUGUUCACUUUCAGUAUAGAGAAAAAUUUUAAGCCCAAGUUUGAGUACUUUGCUGGGGUGAUGAUGAAGAAGUUGGAGGAAUUGAAAGAGUUUCCUCAGUAUUUUGCUUUUAGUUUGGAGAAGAGGAUAAAGCCUAGGCAUGAGGAGGUUCUGCAGAGUGGAGUGGAAGUCCCUUUGCCACUGAUGCUUAAGAGCACUGAUGAAGAGUUUAUGAAGCUGAUAAAAGAAGCGAAUGGAUGAGCAUAGCGGGGGCACUUUGUCCACUUAUUGUUUUUUUCUCUUUGAGACUAAAACAUUGCACCAAAAUGAACACUGGAUGUCAAAGAUAUUUGGCUUCUAUCAAGGCCCAAGAAACUUCUUUUUAUCUUUGUAUAUUAGGACUGUCUGUUUUAUACUAUAUUGUUUAACAUAUAUGAUUGGAAGCCAAAGAUAUUUGGCUCAUUUACUUGGAUUGUCUAUAUUUGAAUUGCGUUGGAGAAAUUGAUUUUCUUA